AUGACAAAAAAAUAAGUAAUUGAGUAUCAUAUUAACUACCAUAUAUUUUUAGAAUGGUAAAAUAUACCUUAAAAUCAAACAUUUACAUCAUUUUCAAACACUAAUAGUGAAUUAAACUAACAAAAAUUUUAACUUGUUAAGGGAUCCUCUAUUUAAUUUAAACCAUUUAGUAAAAAUUAAUUGACGCCAUCAUGCAAUCAUUUCAUCCCUAAUCUAUCAUUUAAAAUUUCUAAUACAUCAUAAAAAUAAGAAGUAAACGAAGAUGUAGAUGUAUUUACAGAUUCAAAUUUUGAAAGGCGCAUCUUACAAAACUAUCCAAUUAAAUCCUAGGCUGCAAAACAAAAUACAUUGAUUUCAUCACCACUACAUUUUUUUACAGAAAGAUAACAAAUUUAUUCACUUUACUAGGUCAAUCAAUAAAUUGCUUUUUGGCCUAAAUUUAUUCCUUCAAAUGUUUCAAAAUUAGAAACGAAUGAAUCAUAUCUGGAAUAAAAUGUGAAAAAUAGCAUUUUCUUAAAGAAAAUUAGAAGUGAAGAAAUGACUUUAAAAAUUCUAAAAUAUCCUGCUAAACCAAGAUAUUCAAUUAACAAUUCUUUAAAUCCUAAGAAAAUUAUGAUUUUUGGUGAAACAGGAGCGGAUAAAUCAACCCUAAUAAAUUUCUUUUGUAAUUUUUAUAUUGGUGUUUAAUUUGAAUUUCCUUAUAGAUUUUGUUUAGUUGAUGAAACUGAUGAAUUUGAUUUCUCAUACACAUCAGCAUUUAGUAAAUUUUAAGGAGUGCUAAGUUAUGAUAUAAUUGGAUCAGAUCUUAAACCAAAUUUGAGGAUAAUUGAUACUCCUGAAUUUAGUGACAAAAAAGAAUAAAAUUUAGAUUAAUUUUUUUAUAAGAUUAUAACAGACUAAUUUAUAAAAUUAGAAUCUUUGAAUCUUAUAUGUUUUGUAAUGAGAUUAAACCAAAAUCAAUUAAGUUUAUUUUAAAUGUAAAUUAUGAAUAGAUUAUUAUAAAUUUUUGGUAAUGAUGUUGGAGAACAUAUUAUGUUUUUAUCUACCUCUUCUGAUAUAGAUGAAACAAAAGUCAGCGAAUAUUUGCUUUAACCUGGAAGUCCUUUUAUAAAUAUUGUACCAAAAAUUUAAGCUCCAUAUGUGUUAAAAAUUAAUAAUUAGCCAUUCUGAAGUUUGUAAAGUAAGGAUAAAGAAAUAUGGGAUGAGUCAUACUCUUAAUUUAAAAUUUUAUAUGAAGAGAAAAUUUGCAAAAUAAAAAAUCUCAAUUUAAAUUUGACUAGGUUAGUUAUUUAAAAAAGAAAUUCUAUAUAGGAUAUCAUUAAAGAAUUAAAAUAUUAAAUUUAGGAGCAUCUAAAUUUAAUAGAUAAUAUUCAAAAUCAAACUGAUUCUGAUAUUAAUGAAAUUUUAAAAACUAAACAAUAGGAAUCCUUAAAUGAAUUUGGUAUAAAAAUCAGAAAAUUAUUGCUUUCUAUCAAAGAUUUAAAUACAAUAGCAUUAUAACCAUUAUUGACAGAUUUUCAAUAAGAAUGUUUAGGCUUUUUAAUAAAAGAGGAAGAAGAAUAAAAGAAAGAGAGUUAUUAAAUGCGAGUUUAGGGUUUAAGAGAUAUUCAAUAAUUAUGGGAUUCAAUAUCAACUUAAUUAUCAGAACACGAUAUUAAAAAAUGA